GCGUAACUGAGUAGCCAUGUCUGGUUUUGGCAAACGUGGGACCGGCCCUUCUCCCGGCGCACUAGCAAAGCGUAAAAAAGUUAAAAACUGCGAUCAGAUUAUUAUGUAAAAAAAUAUUAAUUUAGAAAACAAACAUUUAUUUAAAAGAAAAAUACUCUAUUGGUACAACUGUAUUAAUAACUUGCUUAAAGUAGUCUAGCGGUUGUGAGAGAUAGUAACAUAAGAUACACAGCAAGACCUGUUCGUGAAACAUAAUUUAACUGCGUCUACACCACUAGCCGGAAGACAUUUUCCCUUACUAAAGAUGGCUACAGCGCAAGUUGCGUACCGCCCAUCGUGACGUCUCGUUGGAACCGGUGUGGUGUCUUUAUCCUUCACCAAAUCCCCCACCUGGGUCACCUGCUGUCGUCUGACUGAGACGCAAAGUCAGCGAGGUGACCGAGGCAAUAGUAGGCGAGGCGGGAGUCGUGUGAGGACAAAUUUAGUUUAUAGUGGAAUUUAAUUUUACAGAUUAAGUAGUUGGAGUUUACAGUCAUGUCUGAUAUGAAAAAUCAGGACCCAGGACAGAUCAAUGGUGGAGGUAAAGUGGCAGGAAGAAAUACAGAGAAAAAAUGCUCUUGGGCCUCAUACAUGACAAACUCUCCGACACUGAUUGUAAUGAUUGGACUGCCUGCCAGAGGCAAGACGUACAUGUCCAAGAAGUUAACACGGUACCUCAACUGGAUUGGAGUGCCCACAAAAGUGUUUAACCUAGGGGUUUAUCGACGUGAAGUGGUCAGAUCAUACAAGUCUUAUGAAUUUUUCCGUCAUGACAAUGCAGAGGCCAUGAGAAUUCGCAAACGGUGUGCAUUGAUUGCCUUGGAAGAUGUGAAAUUCUAUGUAACAGAGGAAGGGGGCCAAAUAGCAGUAUUCGAUGCUACAAAUACUACUCGUGAACGAAGAGACCUUCUUCUAAACUUUGCAAAGGAAAAUGCAUUUAAGGUGUUUUUUGUGGAGUCUGAAUGUGAUGACCCAGAAGUAAUUGCUGCUAACAUCAUGGAAGUGAAAGUGUCUAGUCCUGAUUAUCCUGAAAGAAACCGCGAGAAUGUCAUGGAUGAUUUCCUAAAAAGAAUUGAGUGCUAUAAAGUUACCUAUGAGCCACUGGACCCAGAUACAUAUGACAAGGACCACUCGCUUAUAAAAGUUAUCAAUGUUGGUCAGAGGUUCCUGGUGAAUAAAGUACAGGAUUAUAUUCAAAGCAAAAUUGUCUACUACCUCAUGAACAUUCAUGUACAAGCCCGUACCAUCUACCUGUGCCGACAUGGUGAAAGUGAAUGUAAUCUUGCUGGAAGGAUUGGAGGAGAUUCAGGCCUCUCUGCAGGAGGAAAGAAAUUUGCUCAGGCCCUCAGAAAGUUUAUCGAGCAGCAGGAAAUUGGGGACCUCAAAGUUUGGACUAGUCAGCUGAAAAGAACGAUUCAGACUGCAGAGGCUCUCGGUGUUUCUUAUGAACAGUGGAAAAUUCUUAAUGAGAUUGAUGCUGGUGUAUGUGAGGAGAUGACCUAUAAAGAGAUUGAAGAGAAAUAUCCAGAAGAGUUUUCAAUGAGAGAUCAGGACAAAUAUCUUUAUCGCUACCCUGGGGGAGAGUCUUAUCAAGAUCUAGUCCAGCGUCUAGAACCUGUCAUCAUGGAAUUGGAGCGUCAGGGGAACAUUCUGGUCAUCUGUCACCAAGCUGUCAUGAGGUGCCUCCUGGCAUACUUUCUGGACAAAAAUGCAGAUGACUUGCCAUACCUUCGUUGUCCGCUGCAUACAGUGCUGAAAUUGACACCUGUCGCAUAUGGCUGUAAAGUUGAAAUGAUCAAGCUAAGUGUUGAUGCUGUGGAUACGCACAGAGAAAAGCCAGCUGGUACCUGUGAUGUGAACCAAACACAGAUGCGGAUUAGAAGAAACAGCUUCACCCCUCUUUCCAGCUCUGAUACAGUCAGGCGCCCACGAAAUUACAGUGUUGGGAGCCGGCCACAUAACCCAGUGGGGUUAGAAAAGGUCAGGCUGUCUUCGGAUGGGUUAGACCGCCCCUUGAAACAACGUUCCUUGGAGAGUGCUUGCAUGAGUGCAGCGGACACCAAUGGUUGUGAUGUCUUUCAGUCUCUGUCUGCUGUGGUCUAAAUGGCAGUAGGGUCCACAAGCUCUUCUGGUUCAUCCACUAUUUACAGUUGUCUUCAUCCAUACUUGCUAUAGACCUUUCCAUGAUAAAACAGGCAUGCAGUACAUCCUCUGCCUCUUAGAAGCUUAUAAUGUGUAUUGCUAAUGACAAUGCCCAAGAAAUCUCUAACUUAAUUUACAGAAGACUGCAAGUGUCCUCACUGGCUUUGUCAUUCAUUUGUGACACGUGCUAUCGUGUCGUACCCCACACACACACACACACACACACACACACACACACACACACACACACACACACACACACACCCCCCAGGGGGGAAAUUUUAUACGCACUGUUUUGUCUCUUUGAAGGAACUAGCUGUAAAAUGGGUAUAAUAAAGAGUACAGAUUCAUAUUUUAAGGUUUUAAAAUGACAUUGUAUAAGGCAAUUGCUUAUAUUUUUCAUCCUGCCAGAAAACAUGCCUUUUGUCUGUUCUCUGUUGUGUCCCUUUUAAAUACCUAGCAAUACAGUAUGGCAGUUUUGUUUUGUUUUUCAUUCAUUUAUUUUUAUAUUUUUCAUCCUUGGUAUUUUUUUUUUUUUUAUUUUUUUUGUUUUUUUUUCAAGAGUAGCACAAUUCCUGGAGCAUAGUGUAGUUAAUGGGCAUCAUACAUUGUAUCUAUGUUUGUGGCAGUUACUGUAUUCAGUUACUAGAGGGAACACUGUUGGCUAUUAGAGGUAUGUAUUCCCAAAAAACAAUCUAAAGUAAACAAACUUGUUGCUUAAAUGUAGUAUUGUACAUGCUGGGAAGUAUAUUUGUGUCUGCCCAUAUCCAAAACAGCCAACUAAAAAUCUGUGGCUAAUUACCCUAAUCUGCGGUUUAUUAAGAGAUAGCAUAGGCAUAUAUUAAUGUGCCAUGUAUAUGUUUGAUUUUGUUUUGAACCCAAAUUGAAAUACACAUCACUCAAUGAUUACUCCUAAAUAUUUUAAGAACUGAGACACUGUUUUUGUACUUCUCUGGGUGCUUGUAUGCUUCAAAAUAUUUCUGGCAAAUAAUAGCAAGAUGAUAAUAAAUGCAGACUAUAGCAUAAACAAAAGCACAACUUUUCCCCAUUAUAAAUAGUACUGCCUACAUGGAUGAUUGGAUGGUUUAAAGAUUCUCAUCUAUGUAAAUCAUUUGUCCUGGUGUAACCCCUAAUGUACCUCUUACUGUCUGCCACUGACUGAACUGCCGGGUUGGUGAGAUAGCAAUUGGUGAGGCUCUUGAUUAAGGCAUAUGUAUCUUUUAAUCCAUCCUAUUGCAGCUGCUACAUUUGUACUGUAAUCAUUAAUUUUCUGUUGGUUCUUUAGUUUAUUAAUUAACCUCUGUACAAAUGUGUUUGCCUAAGAACUGGGUGCAUUACUUAAAUAGAAGAUUCCGGGUCAUUUCACAGAUUGCCUAAUAAGCAUGGUUUCUAACACUGUGAUAUGUGUCUGUAUGACAAUAACACAACUGGUUACAAUAUGGUUAGUCUAAAUUCAAGUAGGCUAUAGGACUUCUUAUGUUACAACCAUGUGACCUGCAACUGCAGGGGGAGGAGCAAGGUCUGCAGUUCAGAACAUGUGGGCUCACCAUGCUUCGGUUGCCGUGUUUUGGGCAGGGUGGUUCGCUUGGCUCACCACAGGUUACUGUUCCCAAUAGAUGUCCACGUAUAUAGUAAAAGUGCUAGCCCAACAGCCUUGCUCCUCCCCCUGCUAUUACGGGUCACAUGGAUGUGACAUCAGCGAUCCUUUAGCCCACUUGGAUCUUACAUCUACUGUUACAAUAAUGUUAUUAUUGGGUUCUUGAGGGCCAUGUCUAGGGUGGCCAGACCCGGGCCAUUUUAUCAAUCCCGGGUAUCGGGAUUGAAAAAUGGUCAGUCCCGGUAUACCAGAGAUUGGCUUUUUUUUCCUGUCUGUCCAACCGUCUCACCCGGCCGGCGGCGAGUGACAGGCAGCUGUCCUUUGGGCUCUGCGGUGGGUGACGAGCGGCUGACUGCGCAGCGCGACCUCUGACUUCACUUUGCGCUGCGAAGAGGAAGCCGGGCAGCAUCUGAGCCUCCUGAGGAAGCUCAACACUGCCCGGCAUUAAUAACGCAAAGGGCCGCCUGAUCCAGCAAUCCUUGGGAUUGGAGCUACCAAUCCCGGGAUUGAAUCCCAGACGAUUUUUGGCCUGGAUCCAUCCGAUCCCGGGAUUGGCCACCCUAGCCAUGUCCAUUCAUGGUGAUUUAACUAGAUAUUAUUGCUUUGUGCGUGUAUAUUGCAGGAUAUUCAGUGUAGUUGCUGUCUAAAGGAUUUUAAUUAUCUAUUGUUUUCUUGUAGUACAUUUUAUCAUGUGUCUAAUUUAAUGUUCAUUAGGGGCCUUCAGUAUUUGAAACGAGCCAUUCUAAAAUUUUUAAUCUAGAUUUAUUUAUUUUUACAUGUAAGUACUGUAGAACACAUUUUUGUUUUGGAUUGAGGCAUCAUAACUGCUGUAACAAAACCAAAUUGUUAAAUUAUGCAUAAUAACUGGCCAAUAGUGAAUGUUUGAAUAUUUUCUACAUUUUUAUUUUAUUUUUUUAUUUUGGGGGGGGGGAUCAAAUUUACGCACUUUUUUUUUUAUAAUUUCCUAUUUUGUUUUUGUUUUUCAAUAUAAGAUGUGUUGCUGCUCUUUGUUCUACAUAGAAGUUGCACAUACCCCAUGUACCUGUUGUUUGACAGGGGUCAGUGCCAUUGAACACUGCAUGUGGUUUUUUUUAUGGUUGUGCCUGUAAGAAAAUGAAAUUGUAUAUGUGUGUGUUGCAUUUAUUUAGUGAGUAGGGCAUGUGCUUCUAACAUAUGUUCAUGAAAGGGAAUGUCUGUAUUGAUUAAAUGAUUUUUAGCUUCUUUGGGGGAUAUUCAUUUGUUUGAAAAGUCAGCUGGAUGUUUUUUUAUUCCUGUCUAUUAGAUGGGGAAAAACAGACACCCAACCGAUGUUUCAAACAUUUGAAUUCCAUUGGAUGUUAAAUGGAAGUUAACAGUGUGUCCAAUACAAUAUUUCACAUUUUUAUUUAAUUCUGUUUAAUGCAAUGUCAUUUUUUGUAACCUUUGAAGUAGAUUAUGCUCAUCUUCCUUGUGAUUUGAAGAUCAACUGUUGCCUACAUAUAAUUCAUUGGUGGACAUCUCAUGCACAUUGUCAUGAUGUUACUGGGUACUAGAAAAUGUAGAGGCUUUGGUCUAAAAUAUUGGUUCAAACAUGGGUGUUUCUAGUGUCUAACAUGCCAUGCCCUUGGUAUUGUAUUGAUGUGUGGGUUUGUAAAUUAAGUUAAAAAUAUGCAUUCUGUUCUCAAAAUGUUUUCAUGAGUAUGUGUCAUACAACAGGCAGCGACUUGAGUUGCAGCAAGCUGAGGCAUCACUAAUGUACAUUUGCUUGAAGAGUAUCUAUUUUAUUUAACUUGUCAUAUCUGUUAACUGAAGUCAGACACAACCAUGUAAUUUUAAGAUGAACGCACAAAUGUGGGUAUAUCUGAUUUGUUAACCCUUUCAGUAGUGAGACAGAUUUUGUGGACUGCACUUCGGUUUGGGGAUAUAGAUAAGCUUAGAUACAAUAAUAAAAAAUAAACAAAACCUAAAGAUGGUCUUCGUUUUAGAAUUACCUAUUUUAUGGUGUGCAAAUAAUUAGGAAUUGUUUAUAAAGUAAUUUAAAUUUAGUCAGCAAUUACAGCAACUGAUUCUCACCACCUUCUUAAAAUCCUGAAUUGGAAGUUUACUAAUUUACACCUUUUAAAAGACAUAAACCAAAAAUCCUGUUUCUCUGACGUCCUAGUGGAUGCUGGGAACUCCGUAAGGACCA